AUGGCUUCCGAAAAUUAUGUCUAGCCUUCAAUCCCUCGUUUUGAUGGUCAUCACUACGACCAUUGGAAUAUGCUGAUGGAGAAUUUUCUUUGGUCCAAAGAGUAUUGGACAGUUGUUGAAGCUGGAGUUCCAGAACUAGCGGCAGGGCUAGAUGCUGCACAAAGGGCAAAAAUUGAGAACGAAAAGUUGAAGGAUCUCAAGGCUAAGAACUAUUUGUUCCAAGCCAUAGAUUGGGCUAUCUUGGAAACAUUCCUUAAUAAGAAUGACGAUGCCUCUCUAUUCAUGGUUUGUCAUCCUCAAGAAGCCAGCAAGAAGAAUUUGUGGUAUCUAGAUAUUGGCUAUAGCAACCACAUGUGUGGAGACAAAUCUGUGUUUUCAUAUCUGGAUGAGUAUUAUCAAGACAAGGUGAAAUUUGGUGAUAAUUCCACUAUUGCAGUCAAGGAAAGGGAAAAGACCAAGUCAGAAACCUUAGCAGCCUUUAAAUUUUUCAAAGUCUUGGCUGAGAAUAAGGCUAGUAGAUCUGUAAAAGUUCUACAUAUAGAUCGUGGUGGUGAGUUUAACUUGAAGGAAUUUGCAGAUUUUUGUGAGUCCAAUGGUAUUAAAAGGCAACUCACAGUAGCUUAUACACCUCAGCAGAAUGGUACAGCUAAAGAAAGUUUGCUUGCAGCAUCAAAAUGUAGUACUGGAGGAAGUUUACCAACAUCACUAGAACUAGAAUCUGGAUCUAGUUCUAGACCUCAACGCAAAAAGAGAAGACUAACAUGGUUGGAGGAUUAUGAGGUAACAAAUCUACCUCAAGAUGAUGUUCCAAUCAAUCAUUUUGCUCUAUUUGCAUAUUGUGAUCCAUUGACAUAUGAAGAAGCCGUUAAAGAAGAAAAGUGGCAAAAAGCCAUGACAGAAGAAAUUGGUUCUAUUGAAAGGAACCAGACUUGGAAGUUGACAGAUCUUCCAGAAGGGCACAGGACAAUUGGUGUUAAGUGGAUUUACAAGACAAAGCUCAAAGAGAAUGGGGAGGUUGACAAAUUCAAAGCUCGCUUGAUGGCAAAGGGUCACAAGCAAGAGUUCGGCAUUGAUUAUCAAGAAGUUUUUGCUCCAAUUGCAAGGAUGGACACCAUCAAAUUGGUGAUUGCUUUGGCAGCACAGAACUCAUGGCCGAUCUACCAGCUUGAUGUGAAUCGGCCUUUUUGCAUGGAAAUCUACAAGAACAUGUAAUUAUUGAUCAACCUCCUGGUUAUGUGAAAUCUGGUUGUGAGCAUAAAGUUUACAGAUUGAAGAAAGCAUUAUAUGGACU